GCGGUCGAAUGGCGGUCGCAGUGGCGAUCGUGAUAGCGACGGCAGCGACGGUAGUAACGAUAAUAUCGAAAGUAACGACGAUAGUGAUAACCAAGUCCGCGAAACAAUGGAUAUGCAUUACCCGAUGGAAUUUAUCGUAUUAAAAUAACAUGAUAAAUGAAAAAAUAUGCAAACGAAAUCAGCCAGAGGUAGAAAAAGAAGAGCCUAGCUGCGAAUAAUCGCGUUUCUUGGGUGUUCUCGCGGCCGAAUUCGCGAGCAAAUCGAGCAAACGAACGUUGAAUUGACAAGAAGGAACACGUUCGUCUAUAGAUUCGUUUACAGCGGCGAUACAUCGCUUAUUUUUAGUAUAUCUGUGGAUACGCUCGUUUCAGACAAGUUCGAAUUAUCAUGUGCAUGGAAGCGAGAUUGCGAUGGACAAUAGACUGUGGAUAGUAGAUAAUCGGAUCCUUGCGUUCAACAUAAUAUUACGACGAGGGGGACAGACUUAGAGAAAGACACAUGAACGGGUUAAGCUUGUGCUCGUCUCGCGUGCCAAACGAGAAGCGACGGGAUGUAACAGUGCAUCGUAUGAGAUGAACACUUGGCAUUGUUGUUCUCUAACGAUAUCUUUCUCCCGUAAUCGUACGCGCGAAUUAUAUCUGUAACAUGUCGAAUUAAGUGCUACGAAGUGAAAACGUGUAGGUUUUGUAUAUUAUAGGUGUAAGUACGCCUAUAUCGUACGAAAUAGCGUGGUAUGUCACGAGCUGUCUCGAAGAUUUUCUACAACGAAUUAUUUCGUUAUCUUCUUGGAUCAUUGUAUAUACGUUACGAAUAAUGGAGACGCUAUUGCCAGGCAAUACAAACAGUCAAUCGUACAGUCCGCAGCUCAAGACCGUUCUAAAGACAUAUCAGCUAUCCGCUGUGAAAAGCUUACAGGGACCGAGUUCGGCCCUGCUUGGUAUGGACUGUAAGAGCCUACUACAGGAACAGGCACCUUGUUACUCCCCUUCGAAUCGAUUGAGUAAUUGUGUCAUUGAUUCAAUAUCGGAGCUGGUCUCUUCUAAGGAUAUUGAAAAAGAUAAUAACCCAUCGGUAACACCUAUAGUUCAGAGCAAAGUACGCAGGACGGAUCAACCACUGGAAGAUUCGGACGAGGAUCCUCAAUUGGAGCGCUCGAAAAACGUUUGCGAAAAGAGAGAAUUGGAAUUUCAAAUACCUAUCUUAACUGCACCCGACCAAAGUUGCUCCGAAAGAUGCGAGACAAUUUUAGAGGGUGAACGAAUAUCCUGUUUUGUUGUAGGAGGCGAAAGAAGGUUAUGUUUACCACAAAUUUUGAAUACAGUCUUACAAGAAUUUUCCCUUCAGCAGAUUAAUCAAGUUUGCGACGAGUUACAAAUUUAUUGCUCACGAUGCACACGAGAUCAGCUGGAAGAACUUAAACAUUCUGGAAUUCUGCCACGUAACGCUCCUUCCUGUGGCCUUAUCACUCAAACGGAUGCUGAGAGACUUGUCAGUGCUUUGCUAUUACGAACGGAAUCGUGCGAACCUCCUCGUAUCGGUCAAAAUCAAGAUAGCGUUGAAAAGAAAAUUUCGCCUAAAAUUGAUAACGACGAAGAAUCGUUCGUCAAAUUUAGAGUGUAUCACGAGUGUUUUGGGAAAUGUAAAGGCAUUUUUGACACGAGUUUGUUCGAGUCCGAUGAUUCAGUGUGUAUAGAGUGUAUCGAAUGUGGCUGCCAAUUCUCACCUCAACGAUUCGUUAGACACGCUCAUAGAUCUCUGGAAAAUCGUACCUGUCAUUGGGGCUUUGAUUCUGCAAACUGGCGAUCGUAUCUGUUACUUUCACGGGAACAAGAACAUUAUAAUAAAUCGCUCGCUGUAUUUAGAGAGUUAAAAGAGAAACAUCAUACACUCAACUCCAAACGAAAAUCAGAGUUGCGGCUGGACUCUGAGAAACUGGCUAAACGUAUUAGAAAAGAUGUAGGAAGAGAUGAGUGCCCAGGAAUGUACAAUGGAAAUGGUUUAGGCAUGUAUCAUCCUGUAUCUCAGGUAACCAAUGCAACCGAUCCAUAUCUACAAAUGCAAUGGGCCGUUUUUGAAUUAGCAGCUAGAGGAGCAUCAGCUUUUAGACCUUGGAAUACCACGAGUACUUGCAAACAUAAAGAUAAUUCGUCAUUGGUACCUGCAUACCUUAGCCGAGGUCCACCUGUACUGCAACAUCCAGAAUGUGUGGUUCCCCUUUCUGAGUGCAAACAUUUUGAACCACAUUUUCAACCAAAUGUAGCCUUAGCACCUAUACCUGCACCAUCAGUGCCUGUAGUACUUCCACCAUCUGCUCAUCAUCAGCGGCGACAUCAUCACGAACAUAAACGUUAUAAUCAUCAUUUAUCGAGUCCUCAUGAAAAAAAAGAAGCUCCAUUAGAUAAUGUUAAACUUGAGAAAACAUCUCCUAAUUCUGGAUCUAGUAUUGGCACUUAUUCUUCGUUCUCAUCGUACGCACCUGGAAGCAAUAAGAAAGAAUUGCAGCAGAGGAGUAAAAAUGAAGUAGGCGAAGAAGAAGAAAGUAGUGCUGCGGUAACAUCUUCCACGGUAAGCAUAGAUCCACCUUCGACAGAGACUGGAACUUUGCUUGAAAGUGACUCCGAUUCAGAAGGAACCACAGCGAUAGAUUUAGAAGAAAGACUAUUGGCAUUGGAAGUACCACAAGAUGUCUUAGAGCUUGUACGGCGUAUAGUUUCGGAAAAUACACAAUUACGACGUCAUCGACGUUCAGACGCACGUGAAAUAUCACGAUUGCGUAAUCAAUUGCAAAUGCAGCAUCCACAAUCAUCUAAUGGUGGUGAUAAGAAAGAGGAACCAGCAAAUGCGAGUGCAGCAGAUAGUACGGAAGGUAGCGAAGAGGUCGAAGCUACGUUACCUUCGAAUAAUAAAGAGUCUGAAUCUGUUGUUCUGGCAGUUAGUAAAGAAUAAAAUCAGUGAUUAGAGUUUUUUAAAUUAUUUAAUAUAAAACUGCUCAGCAAUUUUUUGCAAUGCUUAUCUUUUGGCCAGAUAGGCGUGCAUAAAAUUUAGUAUUAGCUAUAAUAAUAAUGGUAAAAUUCUAAAGGAGUAAAAAACUGUUUAGGUUAUGUGAUACAUAGGAAGCCUUUAACGUUAUAACAGUUAAUUUAACAUUUUUAUUGUAAUCAAACUUCAUUGUGUCGAUUUUAAUUGAAAUCGAAUGUAAAUAUUGUAAUAUACGAAAAAGCAAAAUAAGUUAACCAGAAUUUAUCAUGCCAUUUAGUAGUUAUAUUUAACGAUCAUUAAAUAAGUUUCUUACGCAUAUUAAAUAUGCAUACACCACAAAGAUUUUUAUGGUCAGUUGUUUAAUUGAAAAAUUGAACAGUGAUCAGAAAAUAAGAGAUUAGAUUGCUUUCCAUUUACUUUUUAUAGUCAUGAAUGCAUAAUGUAAAUACAUUCAAGUAUCAUAGAUGUAUGUUUAUAUUAAUAACAUUAUCAUGCAAAAUAUUGCUAAAGUACAAACAACCUUUAGGUGCUAUAUUGUUACAUUAGGAAUGUUCUAAGCAUAAAUCUAGGUGUAUUUCAACAGUUCGUACUAUAUUAUAAUAUUAAACACCUUGAUUAUUUUUUAUUUUUAUUAUCUUUAUAGCAUCAAAUGUGAAUGACAUUUUUUUUCUUGCUAAUAAACUCAUUUCGAGUGAUUAUACGCAGGUAAUAUAAGUUAAUUAUUUAAACGUCAGAAAAUCGUAACAUUAUUAUUGUACAAGUGAUAUUACAGGGAAACGAUAAAAAUUUAAUUUAUAUACGAAAUUACUAAUUUUUUAUAUGUUGAAUAAUUCCUACAUUAUUUUAUGGCAGCAGAUCUGGGAAAAAUACAUUCUUUAACGACGAAUACAAAUUUU